AUGCCGUCCUUGUCGUUGCGUACCCUCCGCUCGCCAGCAGUUCGCAGCCUCAGAGCGUUCGGUAGUUCGGCGAGCUCCAGCAAGGCCAUUCCGUUCUUCCUGCACGGUUCGCGCGCGGGCACACUCACUGCGGAUGAUGGGCACGCCGACGGGCGGUUGUUGCGGAUGAUCAUAUUUGGCAAGCCAGGCGCGGGCAAGGGCACUCUGUCCGCGCGGCUAGUUAGCAAGUACGACAUUCUGACGCUUUCGACGGGGGACUUGCUGCGCCAGCAUAUUGCAGAGAGGACGGAUGUUGGACGGGUCGCGAAAGAGAUUGUAGCCAAGGGCGGGUUACUUCCAGACGAUAUCAUGCUUAGAGUCGUAACGAGCAAACUAGAUCAUUUGCAUAACAAACACUGGAUAUUAGACGGGUUUCCUCGGACAGUAGGUCAAGGGAAGCUGCUCGAUGCACAUCUACGCAGAAUUCAGAAUGACCCCUUGAGCCUGGUCGUCAACCUUGACGUACCGGACCAAGUCAUCCUCAGCCGAAUUUCUGACCGAUGGGUACAUCUGCCCUCCGGUCGUGUGUACAACAUGUCCUAUAACCGUCCCAAGGUCGACGGAUUUGACGACGAGACGGGCGAACCUCUCACAAAGCGUCCAGAUGAUAACCCUGAAAUAUUCGCGCGUCGGCUGAAGCAGUUCUAUGCAUCGACUUCGCCGUUGCUGUCGUACUACGCCUCGCAGCAAGCGUUGUCAUCAACAAACACGCGACUUGUUGCGUUGUCGGGCGAGACAUCCGACGAGAUCUGGCCCCAGCUAGAACGGACUGUACUAUCUGUAGUGCCGAACCUCCGUGAACGAACUGCGACGCGUGAGGAGCGCCGACGCAACAGUAUCAGUGAAGCGGUUUUCGGCCGCGAAGGCGACCCGAAGUCCGACCGAGCAAGCUCUAGAAAAUACUGA